UCCAGCCUACAGUACGGUCUGCUGCUGCUUAUCCGGGGAUGUCACACCGCUGCUAUUUUCUCCCCUCAGUCCCUCUCACUCCAGCGGACUGACACGGGGCUCUGGAUAGAGACAGCCGAACAAUAAGAAGCAUUAGAAGAAGACAGGAGGCCUUGAAGAUGGCAGAGCUCGGAGCAGGAAGCCUGCCUUUGGGGGAUCCUGCCUUUAACUACCAGGAGCAGGAGCUGAGCGAGCGGCUCAAACGUCUCUACCCGGCUGUGAACGAGGAAGAGACCCCUCUGCCUCGAUCCUGGAGCCCCAAGGAUAAAUACAGCUACAUCGGGCUGUCACAGAACAACCUGCGGGUGCAUUACAAAGGUCAUGGCAAGAACCACAAGGAUGCAGCAUCAGUGCGAGCCACUCACCCAAUCCCCGCGGCCUGUGGGAUCUACUACUUUGAAGUCAAGAUUGUCAGCAAAGGUCGAGACGGAUACAUGGGCAUCGGCCUGUCCGCCCAGGGAGUCAACAUGAACAGGCUGCCUGGAUGGGACAAGCACUCGUACGGUUACCACGGAGACGACGGCCACUCCUUCUGCUCCUCCGGGACGGGCCAGCCGUACGGCCCGACGUUCACCACGGGCGACGUGAUCGGCUGCUGCGUCAACCUCAUCAACAACACCUGCUUUUACACCAAAAACGGCAUCAGUUUAGGUGUAGCCUUCACAGACCUCCCUCCCAACCUUUACCCCACCGUGGGCCUCCAGACCCCCGGAGAAAUCGUAGACGCAAACUUUGGCCAGCAGCCGUUCGUCUUCGACAUCGAGGACUACAUGAGCGAGUGGAGAGCCAAGAUCCACGGCAUGAUCGCUCGCUUCCCCAUCGGCGAGAGGCUCGGGGAGUGGCAGGCCGUCCUGCAGAACAUGGUGUCCAGCUACCUGGUGCACCAUGGGUACUGCGCCACUGCAACAGCCUUCGCCAGAGCCACAGAGACCAUGAUUCAAGAGGACCAGACGUCGAUAAAGAACAGACAGAGAAUACAGAAGCUGGUGCUGGCAGGCCGGGUGGGUGAAGCCAUAGAAGCCACUCAGCAGCUUUACCCGGGCCUGUUAGAACGGAACCCCAACCUACUAUUCAUGCUAAAGUGUCGUCAGUUCGUGGAGAUGGUGAACGGUACAGACAGCGAAGUCCGGUGUUUGACCAUUCGCUCCCCAAAGUCCCAGGACAGCUACCCCGGAUCACCCAGCCUCAGCCCCCGCCACGGAGCCAGCAACACACACCUGCACAGCGGAGGAGCAGACAGCCCCACCUGCAGCAACGGGGUGACCCCCCCGAACAAGUCGAAGAACCACAGCGGCGUGGGCGGCGGCGGCAGCGUCAAAUACCCCAGCGCGUCCUCCUCCGCCUCCUCCUCCACCUCCUCCUCCCCGUCCUCCAUCAAUUACUCCGAGUCCAAUUCCUCCGACUCCACCAAGAGCCAGCCGCACAGCGCCAACAGCACCCAGGAGACCAGCGACAGCGAGAUGGAGAUCGAAGCCGAGCCCUACAGCAACGGGGUUGUUGAAGGCUCCUCGGCGCGGAUCAUGAACGGCACGUACAAACACGAAGAAAUCCUCCAGCCUGACGACAACAGCAUCGGCAACGGAGUCACAGACGAGGGCUGCAGUAACGGCAGACAGCUCUGCGGGGGGAACCAGGCGGCCACGGAGAGGAUGAUCCAGUUCGGACGGGAGCUGCAGGCGCUCAACGAGCAGCUGUGCCGCGAGUACGGCAAGAACGCCACGCACAAGAAGAUGUUACAGGAUGCAUUCAGCCUGCUAGCGUACUCGGACCCGUGGAAUUGCCCCGUGGGGCAACAGUUAGACCCGACGCAGAGAGAAUCCCUCUGCUCUGCACUCAACAGCGCCAUUCUGGAGUCUCAAAAUCUGCCUAAACAGCCCCCGCUGAUGUUGGCGCUGGGCCAGGCCACAGAGUGCGUCCAGCUCAUGGCUCGAGUCCGGUCCGGGUCCUGCUCCUUCGCCAGAGUAGACAACUUUUUGCACUAGCCCAGGUUCAGGUCAUCGUUAAGUAGCACUGAGAGAAGUCCGGCAGGCGGUUGUCACGGCGACGGAGGAGCGGGCGAGAGCAUGCGUGUGAUUGGUGCGUCGGGCCAUCCGUCAGGAACGAGCCCGCCACAGACAGGAGAGACGAAAGCUUCCUUUUUCAUUUAGUAUUAUCAAAUAAAGAAAUGUGUGACACUAUUUAAAGAUAAUUAAUUAUUAUUCUGUUUAUCUAGCCUUUUUUUUUAUUAUUAUUAUUGUUAUUAUUAAUAUUAUUAUUAGUUCUUUUUUGUCAGUUUGUUGUGCUCAUCUUUAGGAAAAAAAACAUUGUAAUUCCCCCUUCUUCUUUUUUUUUUUUUUUUAUAAGUCUUUUCUUCUGUUUGAGUGGGUGCAUCAAUCAGUAUCUUCACUGUCACCGUUCUUCUUCUUCGCCAUAUCACAAACCUCAGCACCCGCCCGCUGGUUUCCACUGUGACCCUUCCACCUGCCAACAACACCUGAGGUCUGUGACAUUAUUUUUAAUGGGAUCGACGGCGCGGGAUGUUCACCUGGAGGAAGAGUUUGUGUCCCGAGUUAAAGAAAAACACCUCUUAUUGUGAGGCUCUGUCAGGGUCUAAUGCCAACACCCAGAAUGGGGCUCUAGAUAAUUCCGGAAAAGUGGAAAUGUAAAUUAAAGGUUGUAUUUUGAGGCCCGAAGAGUAGAAAAUGCAAGUAAGAGUAGCCAAAGAACAGGAUCCAGCAUGUAAAAUGAGAAGUGAAGGCCCUUUGUGGGUGGCGAACACUCAAACCGGGGCGACGAAAAGGGAUUAAAUUGAAAUUUUUUUCGAGGUGUUGAAGCCUUAAUUUUACCACAGCAACAAUCAGCGCCGCGGUUGCAGGUGGCGGAGCUCAGCACCGGCGUCACCCGCCCUCGCCGCCGAGUCUAACACUAUUAUCAUGGUCACCUUGAUGCCAGCGUCAAGGAAAUCAGUAUCAAAGGCAGGCUAACAAGCACAGUGUGCAUACGUCUAAAAGUCAGGCCUCCCCCGGGGAUUUCAUUAAUGCAACCUUCUCUUCCCCCCCCCCCCCCCCCUCUUUUUUUCUUUUACAUCCUCCACAGCCUGACCUGCUGAGUGCAUGUUGCUGCUGCUGCAAUUAUAAUUUCACAUAAAAAGGUGUAAUCAUUCACCAGAUGGGAAGGUUUUUAAUAUCAGGGUGCACUUUGUGAUAAUUAAAUGACAGACUAGCUCUCGUUUCCAGUUCCAGCCAGGUUUACAGGUGGUUAAAAUCUGCUCCUGGUUUUUUUGUUUUGUUGGGUUGGAGGGAUUUUUCUCUGUCACAUACAGAGCUGUUUGAAAGAUUGUCUUCACUUUGUGUAAAAUAAUAUAGUGAAAAAUGUAACUUCAGCUGCUGGCCACGAUGAGAUUUGCCCCAUUUUGCCAUUAUUUUCUUUUGUGGAGUCCAACACGACUUAGAGCCGGCAUUAACCAGCAGAAUGAAUAAGACAUUAUGAAAUAAAUACAUCAAUACAACCUGUAGAAUUAUUUCAUUCCUGAAUUAAGUGUAAAGAUAUUGGUGAUUGUAAAUAUCAGAAUGCAUUUUUAAUAUUGAGAAGAUACUAAACAGAAAAAGAUCUAAUGGAUAUUCAGAAGUCUGGUUUUAGCAACGUUUUGGUGACAAAAAAUAUGUGAAAUCUUGAGAUGACGUGGAAAUAAACAAUUUGGUUAAAUUUGAACUUCAUUAACACGUAACAAUUCAAGAAAAAGUCAAAACCUUUUUAAUAAAGCCAGAAUUUUCAGAAAAUGACACAUGCGUUCAGGAAAACAUUCUAAAUGUUCAGAAUAAAGCAAAAAAUAUUCAAAAUUCUUUUUUCUUGGAACUUCAAGGAAGUGCUGAAUGGUUUUAGCCGCCUCCAGAGUAAAAACAGCAGAUUUCCUUGAAGGAAGACAGAAAAUCAGGAAAUAUCAUUUAGUCCCUUAACCCAAAUUAAGUUGACCACAGUGGUUAUUUCUUCACACGUAUUGAGAUUUUAUUUUUACGAAGAAACACUUUUAGGUCACAGCUGUGUGAAAACUUCCCCUCAUAAUGUCUUAUUGUUUUGCGUUUGACACGCUGGCUCAGGUUUGUCGUCGUAUUCCACCUCGGGUGUAAUUCUGUCCUCUUCACCUCCAUCAAUGCUUGUUUCCGCCAUCGUUUUCUUCAACGGGUUUUUCCCGCUAAAAGCUUCGACUUCUCUCUAAAGAUUUGUUUUGGGUUUCUCCUCUGGGAUGCGGCGUCGCUCCGUCUGCUUUCUUCUGACCUGGUCAGUGUGGAUCCACCCAGAAGUGUAGAUUUAUGGACUCUUGGACUCGUGUGUUCGCAGUGUGGGGGUCCGACAGGUUUUUUUUUUUUAUUUUUUUUAUUUUUUUUUUAAAUACUGGACUACUCUAAUAAACGCUCACAACAUCUGCCACCACAGCUGUGAAGGACUCCUGUCACACACUCUGAAUCCCGCUUACAUAGAAAGGACCUCUCUUUUUUUUUUAAAAAAAUAUAAAUGAAUAAAAAAAAGGAAAGAAGGCUUGACGGCGUUGGGCCCCGGGGCCCCUACACACACACACACACACACACCUGGAAACUGAUCGAGGGCAUCACAGAUGAGCUGUGCACAAUUGACUUUUUUUUCCCCCCAUUUUGUUUUGUUUUUCCUUUUGGGACUUUUUGAGUUUUAGCAAGAACGACAAAAAAAAGAAAAUAAAAAAAAAAAAUGUUAAAAAAAAAUCGUGAAAUGAGUUACCCUCUACUUAGCAUGACUUUUAAAACCUUUAAAACGGUAU